AGUCUCACAUGACUAUAAAUGAAUACAAUACAUUUGGAGGACAAAUCCUUCAUAACACAAGACUUCAGGAUGAAUGAUAAAACAUGGACCAUGAAUUUGUUUGGAAACAUUUUAGUUUUUAAAACAUUCGUUGAUGCAAUAGAAUGUAGAAAUAAGCAAAAUUUAUCAUUGUCCAGUGAGUAUCUGUUUAAAACUGAAGCAUUCACUUUAACCUAAAGGUUAUAAUUUUAAGUGCAUAUGAUUCUUAACAAAGACAUUUGAAAGCAGCUGAAAAAAAGCUUUCAGAUUUAUUUCUAAGAAAAUGGUUUGAUGUUGUUGUUGUUUUUAAACGUCUCCUUAGUGGGUCAUUUUGCAUCUUUCUCAUAGACGAUCUUUGCUCCACCUCAGCAAACAAGAAUUCCUGUCAUAAUUUCUGUAAGCGCCUCCAUCAUCUGUAAAACCCUCCAUGUUGGAGAGCUUUGAGCUCAGGCAUUAUUCCUGCUUUGACUUUGGUUUCUUUCUUCUUAAAGUUCAGGUGACAGCAGUUUGUGUGCUCGUUACCAUAACAGCAGAUUUAAUGGGCCAGCCACAGAGACCUCCAAUUGUUCUCAGUAUUUCCCACUGCUGCUGGAGAGAGAGGAGUUCAGCCUGACAGAUCAGAGAGGGAAGCUUUUUAUGCAAUAAAGUUUUGUGGGAUAUGUCUGAAUAAUUUCAUAGGAGGUGGUCAAAGGUGUUUUUAUGUAUAUUUAUUAAGUGAGAUGGGGAAAGAGAACAACACAGUGAUAGUAAAACUAGAACCAGGUUUCCCACUAAAUAUAGAAGCAAAGAAGCAAUUUCCCAGGAUGAGCACAGUGAAGUCAAAGAAGAGGAUAAAGAAGAUCACAUCGGACAGCAGGUCCACCACAGAUAAGGACGGGACUACAUGUGAGAUAUCAGGGAACAUAAUGAGGAUUUGUGUCAACUUAAUGCCGGUUUUAACCUUGGCUAAGGAGACUGAGCAGGAGGAGGAAGACGAGAAAGAAGAAAGCAACACCUCCAUGAGUCGACAGGAAACAGAAACCAGCAGCAGAGACCCAUCUGUCAGCAAACUAGUGGAACAGAAACAAAACGCAUUUGACCUCCAGUCAGGAUUAACCUCAGAGAGAACAACCAAAGCAAGACUCUCACUGACUUCUCCAUUUCUGCCGCCGCCUAUAAGCGAACCAAAACCAUUUGAUCAGAGCUCAGGCUGUCUCACUCCUCUGCCUGCCAUCACUGUGCAUCAACAAGCAACAACCAGCUCUGCAAAGCUUGGAGCAGAAGGCUUUGGAGGCAGUGGAGCAGUUACAGCGCAGGCUUCAGACAUCAGGCCCUGGAUAGACAAUCCCCUGUUCUCCAAGAGUAGAUCGGCUGAGGUUCAGCUUCCUGACAUCACCUUGUCCAGCCUGAAUGCACUGCUGCAAACUGUCACAUACAGACUGAGGAAGAAGAGGAGAGGGGCCGAGGAAGGACUAUGGAGACAAGACCGGACUGAUCAGCUCCUCGUGGCCUUUACAGAUCAGAGCAGUGUCGGGCAGCAGGAUGGGAAGCGGGGCAGCGUACGAGCUGGAAAAGACAGAUCACCUGGUGCCUGCAGAGUAAACAGACAGAUGAGCCUCCCUCCACUUCAUCCUGCACCCAAAGCGCCUCUCAUCUUCCUCAGGAUGGUGCAGCCAAACCACCUGACUGCUCAGACGCCGCAGUGACUCAACAACCACACAUAACUUGCAGAUAUUUUUAAUUUUUUCAGAACACCAGACAUUCUUUUAAGCUACCAUACUUCAAGGAAAUAACGUACAUCUUACAGCUGAUAUUCAAGUAGAACAGCAUAUUCAUUCCAAAAUGAGACAUCCAGCUUACAGUUUCAGUUCUGCAGUAUUUCAGGGCAUUUUAGUAUAAUUGUUACUCUUUUAUUAAACAUUUUCUGCCUUUUUUCCAGAGUUAGACAGGAAAUAUAAGAGAGGGAGCUGGGAAAUUACAGCACGCAGCUGUAGAAGCCUUUAAGGUUACACUACAUGGACAAAAGUAUUGGGAGUAAGUCUGUACUGUUGAAUUAAAGCAGCUAGCAUGCCGUCUGUCUUUACAAAGAUUCCCGAAAGAAUGUGCUGUUGGAGAGAGCUCACUGAAAUUGAGCUUGGUGCAGUAACAGGACGCCACAGCCGCAGUUUGUGACAUUUCUUCUCUCAUAGAUAUCCCACAAUCAGCUGUAAGUGGAGGAAGUGUUUGAGAAUGACAGAAGGUCAAACUCCAAACAUGGCUUUGGUUUCCCUGGCUGCUCCACUACUUUUAUCCAUGUAGUGCACGUGUGCUAACCACUCACCCGUCCAGCUGCCCCACAUUGUUAAAAACAGGUUUCAUUUUGGAAUGACAUCCUUCUGAUAUGUCAAGUUUGUCUCAUG